AGCCAAAGGUGCAGAACAGCGCACACCAGCCGCCAAACACCACAAGCCAGGCCUCACGACCGCCGUCCGGGAAGUCGGUCGGAGCCAUGCCCGGAGGCGGGCCGGCGGGAGGAGCAUCGGCCUUGACAGGCGACGCCGGAGGAAUACCGCCGUGUUCCAGGUCUGAGUUGGGGCCAUUUUCUGACUUUGAGCGGACUUCGGUGUCUGAAUAGUCGCUCUGCGGGAAGAUGUCCUCCAGGGUCUUGUGCUUUGGGAUGAAGGAAGGGUCUGCCUCGUCGAGUUGGCCGUUGAGGCUGGUGACGUCGGUAGCAGCAAUGGUAGGUACGGGAGUGGUAGUGCCGGUGCUGGUGCUCUUUUCGUUGAUCGUCACGGACGACAAUGAUGCUGUUGAGCGAGCCAUAUUUGCGGUCACGUAUAGAACGAGGAUGGAUGUUUCAGGCGAUCUUUACAGGCGUCUUAUCAAAAGUGUGAGUUGGAAGCGCCAGCACGCGAGGUGCGGUGGGAGGAUAAGUUGGAACCUGCCGGCCCUUGCUCCGAAAUCUGCGCUAGGCCGGGGUGCUGUUGACGGUGGCUCAGAGCUGAAAGAGGAGAUGGGUUCAGUAAUGCUGGACGAGAUUGAUGAGAUUGGUGCGUCUUGGCGCUGGGGAAACCAAGAUAUUUAUUCAUUCAAAGCCUGGUACAAUGAAUUAUUCCCCGUAAGCUCCAGCUCCAAAAGCAAAAGCCCGGGGCCGAACUGGGUGCUCUAAGGCGGACUAAUGCAUCAACGACUGGGGACGAGGCGUUUUGCCUGCAGCGGGUGGACCGUCACCUCCCACUCCCACUCGGCUCGGUCUUCGCGCCCUGCAACAGAAGAAGAAGAAAA